UAAACUGUCUGAUUUGUUAAAUUUUUAUUUUAUACGUUUAGAUAAAAAUAAAAAUACCGUCUGCUAUCUGUUAACCCUGUACCUAAUUAGACUCGAUGGGAUCAAAAGGGUCACAUCCAGAGCCGUGAAACAUAUUAAUAAAAACAAAAAAUAACCUCAAUUUUGUAGUUAUUUUACAUUCUCGUUCAUUAUUCUGAUAGUGUUGAGUUAUAUACUCUAGGAUUGAUGUAUUAUUUUUUUAUGAAAUUAUAUUAAUUAUUCUAAUAAAUAUUUGUUUUAACUAUGGGGUCUCGUCAAAUAAUUGAAAAAUCUUUGUCGAUGUUGAAAUCACUACCAAGGAUAUCAUUGUCUAACAUUCGUGACAAUCCAGGCUCAAGAAAAAAUUACAAACGUGGGCGAGGACAACAUGGAGGUGAUAAACAUGGAGCAGGCAAUAAAGGUUCAGGUCAAAGACAAAAUUACAUGAGACUAGGUUAUGAAACAGGGAACAAUCCAUUUUAUUUGCGUGUUCCUCAAGAACAAUAUUAUAGGGGCCACCAUCACAGAAGACAAUAUCCUCCAUUGUCAUUAAAUGCGCUCCAGGCUAUGGUUGACACAGAUAGAUUAGAUGUUACAAAACCAAUUGAUAUUGCAAGCAUUAUAAAAUCUGGUCUUUACACCAUUCAUCCUGAUCAAAAACAUUAUGGUAUUCAGUUAACUGAUGAAGGAGCUGAUAGAUUUGCUGCAAAGUUAAAUAUUGAGGUGCAAUGGGCAACAGAACCAGUAAUUGCUGCUAUAGAAAGAAAUGGUGGAACUAUUACCACAGCAUAUUAUGAUCCACAUAGUCUAUUUUUGCUCAAGAAUCCAAAGAAAUUUUUUGAGACAGGUCAGGCUAUUCCCAGGAGAAUGAUCCCACCUCCUGAUGUAAUUGAGUACUACAGUAAACCUGAAAAUCGAGGAUAUUUAGCUGAUCCUGAAAUAAUAUCACAAGAAAGGUUAAAAUUAGCUCAAAAAUAUGGAUAUCAGUUACCAAAUUUAGAAAGUGACCCUGAUUAUAAUAUGCUCUGUGAAAGAAAGGACCCAAGACAAAUAUUUUAUGGUUUGGAACCUGGAUGGGUUAUAAACUUAAAGGAUGAAUGUAUUCUUAAAUUAAAAGAUGAAGAUUUAUUAAGAUUCUAUGCAUCAUAAAUAUGUAAUAAAAUGGUCAUGAUAAUAUUUAGCAAUGAACUAUGUGAAACUAGAUCAUAGAUAUAAGGUGUGAAACUAAGUGAAAGUGAACUCAUUUUAAACUAAUAUAUAGUAAAAAGCACAUCCCAACUAUCAUUGUUUUAUUAUUUAUAUAUAUAAUAUUUUAUAUAUAAUAGAUAUUAUAUAUAUAAUAGAUAUUUAAAUAAAUCUGCAGGUAAAAUAUUAGAUUUGUUUUCACUUCAUACUACCUAUUUCUAUAGAACUUAAUGAAAAUGUAACUAAGUUUUGUGGAAAAUAUCACAGAAACAUUCUCUAAAUGAAAUUAGUAACAAAUCAAAACAAUCAAUAAAAAGAUUCAAUGUUUGUCAAUUAUUUGUUUCUUUUUUUAUUAAACUUAUUUAGCUAG